AUGAGGAGGUUCAAGAUGAACACAGAUGCCGCAUUAGACGUGACCCGGGAGGUCAUGGGGCUCGGAUGGGUACUACGCGAUGAUGCUGGGCAAUUUCUGACAGCUUGUAGUCGGCGUGUGGCAGGGCGGUACACAGUGGUUGAGGCAGAGGCACUAUGUAUACGUGAAGCUACCAUAUGGUUGAGAGAUACUGGUAUGGGGGAUGUUGAUAUUGAGACAGAUUCACAGCUGUGUUAUCAUGCUUUAAAUUCAGCCCCUUUUAAUUCUGCGUUAGGUUUUUUGAUAGAUGAUGUAAAACAAGUUGCCUCUACGGUUAGUGGGGUUAACUUUAGUUAUGUACGGAGAUCUACGAAUCGUGCGGCCCAUGCUCUUGCAAGGGAAGCCGUUUCUGAGUCAGGUCCCGAGGAGUGGUGUGAUACACCUCCUCAUUAUCUUGUUCCUGUUCUUGCUGCGAACUUAAUAAAUUGA